AAGAAUGUUAUCCAACUUCAAAUCUCUAUGAAUUACAUUAUUUUUGUGGCAGUAAGAGAUGCCAUCCAAAAUCUGAUUAAAAAAAAUGCGAGCAGUUGGUUCGUCUAAAGCACCAUGAUCUAAGAUUAAACACAAAUUCUACCUAACACAUAAUCCAACAAGGACCCUCCUUUCAAGUAUUCCAAUUCCAAGACUGCCUCUGACCUCUCAGGGAACAACUUAUAUUUAUGGAGUUUGACUAUAUUUCGAUGUUUUAAUUAUUCCAAUAUCACAGCCUCCCGAGCAAUAUACAAGUAUUAAUUCUCCUAGCCUUCACUUAUAAACUUUAGAGCUCGCUCCUCACAAGUAGUUUUAUGGGAAAUCAACAUUACCGUCGCCUAACCACCUUUGCACAGGACUGAUAUCGGAUUAUAUUCAAACAAGACAAAUCGACCAUCCAAACACUUACCAUUGGUUGUGAUAUAGAUUUUGUUCCCAUUCUUGAGGUAUUUAAGAUCUUCAUCGAACAAUUCUUAGCAUUUAUGGUCAAAAAGUCUAAUUUUCUUAAAAGACAGCUUCCUACUAACUAACUUAAUUAGACUAUCAAGUGAAUUCGCUUAUGCCAAACUGACCUACAAAGGAUUCUGACCAUAUUGAUAUACUGUGAC